AGCAUCAGAAACUGCAGAACAACGUAAAGAACGCUUUACUAAAGAAAGAGCAUUGAAUGACAAACCUUGGAAACAACUGUUGAUCGCCUUAACAGUCAAAAAGAGCAAAGGUUUUCCUAUUGAAACUGGAUUACUCUCUGAAUCUGAUCGUAAGCUUUUGCAAGAAUUUCGAUCAAAGAUAAAUAAAGUUGAACAAAAACUUUGUCCAACAUAUAAUGAACAUUUUCCAUCGAUUAAACUGGAUGCCAUAGUGAAAAAAACUAUUCUAAUUCUGAAAAAGUUUGCACAAGCUAGAGGCCUGCAACGGGCCGGGUACGGGCCGGCAGAUAUAAGUUUAGAAUUUUCCGGGCCGGGUCCGGGUUCAAGGUUGUAUCAUUUUGGUAUUACAUAG